GGCAUCCUCAGUGUGUGAACUCUGUUACCCAGAAGGCCUCCAGCACCGAAGCUGGAAUUCCUCAGUUACUCGUUCUCUCCGGCAAUUAGCGGAACCUGUUAGCGCUGCCCACAAGGCUCAGCGGGGCUGCGCGAGGCUAGUAGCUAAUCAAGAGGAGCUUCGGUAAACUGCCACCUGGCCACGGCGACAGGAACUCUCAGAUUCGCUGCUACCCUGAGGUGCCUGCCAUGCCUCACAUCGACAACGACGUCAAACUGGACUUCAAGGAUGUCCUGUUGAGGCCCAAACGCAGUACCCUUAAGUCUCGAAGUGAGGUGGAUCUCACAAGAUCCUUUUCAUUUCGGAACUCAAAGCAGAUGUACACUGGGAUCCCCAUCAUUGCAGCCAAUAUGGAUACCGUAGGCACCUUUGAGAUGGCCCAGGUUCUCUGUAAGUUCUCCCUCUUCACUGCUGUCCAUAAACACUACAGCCUCGAGCAGUGGAAAGAGUUUGCUAGCCAGAAUCCUGACUGUCUUGAGCAUCUGGCUGCCAGCUCAGGCACAGGCUCUGCUGACUUUGAGCAGCUGGAACAGAUCCUGGACGCUAUUCCCCAGGUGAAAUAUAUAUGCCUGGACGUGGCCAAUGGCUACUCUGAACACUUUGUUGAAUUUGUAAAGGAUGUGCGGAAGCGCUUCCCUGAACACACCAUCAUGGCAGGGAAUGUGGUAACAGGAGAGAUGGUGGAAGAGCUGAUUCUCUCUGGGGCUGACAUCAUCAAAGUGGGAAUUGGACCAGGUAAGCUGGUUCACUGGGGGCCACUGGCCACUGCUUCAGUGGCAGACACCUGUGGAGAGCUUUCCUCUCCUUGUCACGUUCUUCUCAGGCUCUGUGUGUACCACCCGGAAGAAGACCGGAGUGGGGUAUCCACAGCUGAGCGCAGUGAUGGAGUGCGCAGAUGCUGCCCAUGGCCUCAAAGGCCACAUCAUUUCCGUAAGGCCAAGGGCAGGGUAGGGCGUGAGGCUGCCAGACAUCUGGGUUCUCUGGCAGGUCUGGAGGCUCUGGUAGAGGUGAAUCAGGACUCCUGGGUUCCUGUCAGCUUUGAGGUGGGCCACUGGGACCUCCCAGAGGGCUUGGGGCAUCCAUGCUCUCUCUUCAUAGUGCUCCUUACUUUGCAGGACGGAGGCUGCAACUGUCCCGGGGAUGUGGCCAAGGCUUUCGGGGCAGGGGCUGACUUCGUGAUGCUGGGCGGCAUGCUGGCUGGGCACAGCGAGUCAGGUGGUGAGCUCAUCGAGAGGGAUGGCAAGAAGUACAAGCUCUUCUAUGGCAUGAGUUCUGAAAUGGCCAUGAAGAAGUAUGCCGGGGGCGUGGCUGAGUACAGGGCCUCAGAGGGGAAGACAGUGGAGGUGCCCUUUAAAGGGGAUGUGGAACAUACCAUCCGAGACAUUCUUGGAGGCAUCCGCUCCACCUGUACCUACGUGGGAGCAGCUAAGCUGAAGGAGCUGAGCCGGAGAACUACCUUCAUCCGUGUCACCCAGCAGGUGAAUCCGAUCUUCAGUGACAAGAGCUAGACCUGAGCAGUUCUGCCCUCCCAGGGCGCCAGCACCCACCACAGGGCUCCACAGUGGGCCCCUCUCCCAUCCCAGCUACUAGGGCUAUUACUUGGUCAUUUCCUAUCCUCUCUCUCCUGAGGGCUCCUGCAGUAUUCUGUACUUUAUCUGCACAUACAAAAUGCCCAGGGCACUCACUGGGGAGGAAGCAAGGAAGGCAGGCUGAGAAAAUAAAGUUAAGAUAAUCAAAUGGGAACCUGGGGUCCCAGAAUCCUGAAGAUUAUUAAAAGGAAAAGAUGCUGAUUCAUACAUAAGUGUUUUAUAUGGCCUUGGUCUGGAAGAGGUAGGCUUUUAGAAUGAUGUUUUGUUAAUCAGAUUCAUUAAAUAGAUCUUUGAAUAUCUACAAAGCUCAGAAGUGUUUAUGUAUUUUAAAUACCUCAAUAAAGAGAGAUCCCAAUGACUGAGAUUCUGGGGAUUUCUGCACAAGGCUGGCAUCUGGGUGCUGCUGCAGGGCAAGUGGAGGGGUUGGCACUGACCCAACCCAGUGGAGUCAAGGACAGUGAGUGCCCUUCCUAUGAAGCAUCUCCAUUCUAGUGCCACCACCCCCAGGUAACCUGGCAGCGUGAGAAUUUACAAGUAUAUUCUGGCAUCAGACCACACACAGUAUUUUCAGAAUAGCAAAAGGAAAUUUCUCUUCCAGGUUCUCAGCCCUGGUAACCCUUUUGGGCAUGUUUGAACAACACUCUCCAAGGGAAGUAAAAUGGCAAAGGGAUCCCCUUCCAGCCCUGGAGAGACCAGUUCUGUUUCUAAGGAAUGACCUACACUGACCUUAUAGAAGCCUUAAUUCCCCUCCCUCGAAUGAAGACAGUGUUUUAACAAAUCCAAAUUUUAAUUAUUAAAUAUUACAAAGUAACUUUAGCAAUGUAGUCAGGCAACCCAAGCCUGGACUUCCACUUUAUUCCCCCUAAACUGCAUGAGAGCUGAGGAGGAAGGAGACAGGCAGAGUGCCGUGGGCAUUCCAGUCUAAUCACAGCAGUGUAGAACUGUCUGUAUGGUUAGGAACAGGGACAGACACACCACUGGGGCCAGAAGGGGGGAGGUAUUCACAGAAGGUGGGGAUCAGGGUGUCAAACUUUGUCUUCUGAUAGUUUUCCAGAGAGUCCUGCAGAGAAGGGAGCAGGGAGAUCCUAUCAUCACUGAAACAUGCCCUGAGCCCUCCAUAUCCUGCAUCAUAUGGCUUUCUGUCUUGUUCUGCCCGCCCAUCCUCUUCCCCAGCUUUCCAUUCCUUCCUACUCACCCUUCCUUCCCUCUGGCCAUUUUCUUCCUCGUCGGAGUCCAAAACCAGGUCCCCUAUAGUAAUGUCAGAGCUGCACAGAGAUGGAGGACGCACUGCAGGGAGGAAACCAGAGUCCAAGUACUCUUCUCAGUGAACACAGGACCUCAAGAGUCCCCAAGAGAGGAAGCUGUCUGAUGUGGUCCUGACUCAGGAUACCUACCUGACUUCCUGGCCCUAGGAGGCGAUAAUGACAAUCUCAGGGGUUCCAUGGGGCAAUCCAAGCAGUUCCUAGGGUGGGAGCAAGCAAGACAGGGUGAAAGGAAAGCAGGCAGGGCAUGUGCUGCUAGUAGGGAGAAGCAACUGUUCUACUCACUCCUUUUGCUCUGAGGCAGACAAGUCAAUUGGGUUCUCCUUCAGAGCCCUUCCUCCCAGGGUCUUGGACGGACUCCUAGACUUGCCAGUCGAGGCUGCUCUGGUGCCCACAGCACCUGCUGGAUCUAAUGUGUGUGUCCCAUGUUCUUCCCUGUUCCCAGGCUUAGAUAUGACCUGCGUUGGUGAACCCAGAUUCCUAAAGGGGAACAGCAUGACUGUGGGGCGCUCCUUAUGGCCUUUGCUAGUGGAUGCCCACCGGGACUGGAUUCUUCGCCGGCCUAGAGGGGCCAGAUUGAAGUGGUGGCCAGUCAAAGGUUCCGGGUGCUUCCUUGAGGCUGGACCCUGAGGAAGGUGUGGGCCAGGCCGGGCUUUUGGCAGAGGGUCGUGGAGUGCUGGUCUUGGUUGCUGGGGAGGACUCUGCUCCAUAGGCUCUGUCAUGCUCAUUGAAUCAGUAGCAAAGCACUCUGAGAAAGAAAACAAUCUCCUUAAAAAGGCAAUAUAGUAACACAUCGA